AUGGCUCUGCGUCAGGGCCUGCUGGGGUUCGUGCUUCUCAACGGCCCGGGAGCGCGGCCCCCACCCAGGAAAAGUGGCGCCAGUGUUGUGGCAAGGGUGACGGGCAAUGCUUCAAAGCUUAUGGACAUCUCCGCGUGCGACGGCCCAGGUGGCUCGGAGGCUCGGGACGGAAGAAGAGCUGGAUUGGAACUCCUACAGACACAUGUCAGCAGAUUGAAGGGAAGGGGACCGCAUGUCGUCCGCACAACGCAGUCACCCCAGGUCGAAAAAGUCCUUCACGUUGGGGGAGGUAUCCUCCUGUUGUGUUUCUUGCUGGUGCUCAAGUUCGCUAGCACUGACAUCCUGGUGGGCAUGGCAAUCUUCCUUGACCACUUCAUGACCUUCGGCCUCUUGCCUUUCGCACCGACAGUAACGCCGAACUACCAGCACAUCGCGGUGCUGCAAAGUUCCAAGAAUGUCGUGGCUUGCCUGCUGGUGCCCUUCGUUGGCAAGUUCAUCGAUGGAAACGAGGCAAAAUCCGUGCAGCUUGGGCUGCUGUGCGCCAUGUUCUGCAGUCUGGGUUUUGCCCUGGCGAAGAACUACGCCUUCUGGCUGGCAAUGCGCACUCUCAGCGGAUACUCAACGGCAGCAAUUGUUUGGGGAGGCUUUGCGCUUGUCAAUCGAGAGUACGCCAACGACGCGACCGCCCGUGUCCAGGCGGUGUCCACGGCAAUGGCGGGCCUUUACGCCGGGAUUUUUGCAGGUCCGCAGGUUGCUGGUAUGUUUGUCGAUGACUCGCGCUUGAUGUUUCUCUUUCUCUCUGGGGCGCAGAUGUGUGUGUGCUUGACGAUUCGCGUCCGAUUCGGUUCCGACCGGUCACAGCUCCAAGCGCUCCAAGAACCAAUGCCGAAGCAGACUGAAGUGGCAAAGGUUGACAUGCUGGAGUUGCUCCUGGACCCAGAAAUCAGAAAGCCAAUCGUUGCCCUGUUUCUAGGCUCGGCCGUGGAGGCUGCAGUAUCUGCCACGACGUGGGAGUAUAUGACAAGCCUGGGAUAUGACCAUGUGAAGCAGAACCUGACAUGGCUGAUGGCCACAGUUCCAGGUGUCAUCUCUGCGAACCUUGUACCCGUGCUUCGAUCUGUGCUAGGAGGUCAGACAUUGCAGAUAUCGACGCUUCUCCUGGGUGGGGCAAGCACGCUUGCGUGCCUGGGCACUGACUACAUCUUCCUGGCCCUAACCCUGGUUGGCACCAGUUCCACGUCUGGCUUGCUAAACGGAAAUACAGCAUCUACGUUGGCCGACCGAAGCCAAGAGAAGUACGACGGCACGGGUCAGGUGUUCGUUCUGUCUAACACAGCAGAACAGGUCGCCUUCAUAGCGGGACCCUGUGUAGGCAGUUCUUUAUGCCGGUACGCGAGCUUCCAAGCGAUGUGCCAUGUCAUUGGCGCUUGCUUAGUGCUCUAUGCUGGCUUGCUGUGGUGGCCUGACGAAGGGUCAAAGGCCAAACAGACAACCACGACAUCUGGGACUGACCCGCGAGAGCACGUCUGGCUUGCUAGCCAAGAGAAGUACGACGGGUCAGACAUCCGUUCGGAGGCAGUUCUUGAUUCCGGCAUCGACCUUCCCCGUCGCUCGCUCUUCUUUCUGAGCGGCCUCAGCCGGUGGCACCUGCAGCAUGCGAUCAUGGACAUGAGGCUGCCGUCUAAGUGCUCAAACGUUCCACUCAACCAGGAGCAUGGAACAUGGAUCUUGUUCUCUUUGUCCCAGGUCCGGGAGCCGUUCGCAGCUUUGGAACCGCAGCUGGGCCCAGCUGCGCGGAGCAGAGGCAGCGAACGCACUCUGGCCAUUGGCCGCCCCCUCGGGUUGCGCACGUUCGCAGUCCAGGUCACCCCCGAGGGCUGGGAGUUGCACCGCUUGGAGCGCUGGAACUGGUGUGGCUUGGCAUCCCGAAGCUCUUCCGAAGAAGCCGGGGGCCACGGGGGCCACGGGGGCCAGAGCUACUACCGGGUGAAGCGCCCUGAGGGCUACCCGGAGGCCAGCGAGCAGCCCACACACUCCAAGGCUUACGAUGGCCAGCCCUCUGUGUGGGUGCCCACCUCGCAACUCGAGGACAUCGGCCACUACUUUGAGGGCAAGUCCACGGCCCAGCGUGGUCGGGGCCGCAGCUUCUACCGUGCCGGGGGCCCACCGCGGCAGCAGCGGGUGCAGCAGCUCUUCGAGUGCGCGGAGACGCUGCGCAGCGCCGCGGAGACAAAAGGGGGAGAAGAGCUGACGGCCGUCCUCACCUACCAGGAGAGCCUUGCCAAGCAGUGCUACGAUGGCGGUCUGUCCUACGAGGAGCGCGCGGCCAAGCGCCAGGAAGAGAUCGACGGCCUGAAGGAGGCCCUGGUGUCGCUGGGCGGCACGGAUCUGACGGCCGUGUUGCUGCAGAACAAGGGCCUGCGCGGCUCGGUGAAGCACUGA